UCACUAUUCGCUCAGCAUGAGGUCUGAAACUUGUUUUUUGAUCAUUGUUUCUCCCUCCUCGGGGGGGAAAAAAGGACCCAAAGAGGAGGGAGAUGGGGAGACCGAGAGCAGCCAAAUCAAAGAGGGUGGGAAGAGGAGCACACAGCCAUGUUGAAGGAAUAUGAAGAAAACACACUAUUUCCAAAUAACAAGUAGGACAGGUCACAUGUUGAGUGUUUGGGGGGUGCCACAGUAGGGAGUUCACAGUGUAUGGAUGGUACGGUGGGGCUGCAGUAAAGGGUUCUUGCAUCCAGGAAGCAUUGACUGAAGAUGCGGGUCAGUGCUUGGCUUCUCUGGACGUCCUGGUUCUACACCUGGGCAGAGUACCCGCACAGGUGCCAGUGCCAAGACAUCUGUCCGACAGAGCUAGGACUGGACAAGGGCUCAAGUCGCCGGGUCAAGGAGCAUGCUCGUCACAGACACCAGCACACGCCUCACAGGAGCAGGCCGCACCGCAGGAAAGGUUCCAGAGUCCGUGCAGAGGAGACGCCGCCCCGCAUCGUCCACCACCCCACUGACGUGGUGGUGAAAGUCGGGAGUCCUGCCACGCUCUACUGCCGGGCGGAUGGCGGCUCCAAGCUGACCUUCGAGUGGCUGCGAAAUGGCCAGCCUCUGGAGAUGGCAAAGGGAGAUGGAGAGCUGCAGCCCAUGGUUUUGCCAGAGGGGAGCCUCUUCUUCGUGAGUGUGGGAGGGGGCAGGCGAGGUCAGUCACACGAGGGUGUCUACGCCUGCGUGGCCAGGAACAGUGUGGGCAAGGCCACCAGCCGCAAUGCGUCGCUGUAUAUCGCAGCGUUGCAGGAGGAGUUCAGUGUGCAGCCCAGUGAUGUGGAGGUGGCAGAGGGGGAUGUGGCUGUCUUAAACUGUGGCCCCCCAGUGGGACACCCUGAACCUAAUGUCAUGUGGAAGAAGGACGGCCUGCCUAUCAACAACACUGAUCACCACUACACUGAGCUGAGUGGGAAGCUUAUCAUUGCUCCUGCAGAGAAGAACCACUCUGGUGCUUAUGUGUGUGUGGCCAGCAACACUAUGGGAGUGAGAGAGAGCAGGGCGGCCCGGCUGUCUGUGCUGGCUAAACCUGUGUUGGUGCUGAAGCCAGAAAACGUGUCUGUGAGAAUGGGGGAGUCUGCCCAGUUCUACUGCCAAGCUAAAGGUGACCCCCCACCGGCUGUGGUCUGGAGCAGAGAGCAGGGGCCUCUGCCCAACGGCAGGUAUCUUGUAAACCCAGACCAGACUCUCCAGAUCCAUUAUGUAACAGCCCAGGAUGCUGGGAAGUACACCUGCACUGCUGUCAAUGAUGCAGGUGUGGUCACUGCCAGCGCACAGCUGCUUGUUGAAGUUGUGUUUCCAGAGGCUGCCAGCACUAAACAGAAAGACCUCCACAAAGAGCUGUCAGCCCUGCGAGUUGCUCUAGAAAAUGUCACCAUUGUGGCCCCUGGGUCGAACAUAUCUCAAGUACAAUGGAAGCUCCAGUCCCUCCCAGCCCAGCCUCAUUACCUCAAUGGCUUCGAGGUUCUCUAUCGCUCCCUGCUGCCUGCCAGCUCGGACUGGGCAGCGAAGAAGGUGUCGCUGCCCAGCUUCCAGACUCAUGUGGGCCCCUUAAAGAGAGGCUACAAGUAUGAGUUCAAAGUUCGUCCCUAUGGUGGCAACUUGUACGGGAGGGAGAGCAACACCCGGCACCUCAGAGUCCCUGAGACGGUGCCAAGUGCCUCCCCGCUGACUGUGUCCAUAACAGUGAGCCACGAGCAGAAUAACACCAUCCAUUUGAGCUGGGAGCCUCCUCCUCAUGAAACCCACAAUGGUAUCAUACAGGGUUACCAGGUGUGGUGUGUGGAGUCUGAGGAGCACCAGUACCAGAACUGGACAGUGGAUAGUGGCCAACACAACCUCGACAUCUCUGCCCUCAAACCAGGGAAACGAUAUUGGAUCACCGUAGCAGCCAUAAAUGGAGCUGGAGUAGGAGUGCUGAGUGACCCCCAUGGAUUUGUCAUCAACCCACAAAUAGGCGUUCCCCCAGAAUCAGACAGCCAAAGACGGGGUCUGUCCCAGGUCCUUGCCCUGCUUCAGGACCCAGUGUUUAUCGGCAGCAUUGGUGCCCUCUUGUGGUGCGGUUUGAUAGUUGCAGCUGUCUGCCUCUUCAGACGCCACAGCAGGACAGGCCACCUGAUACCAGGACAUGGCAGGGCUAAAGGUUUGCACAGACUAGCCAGUGAAGAUCUCAUCAUAAAACACAGGAUGGCAGCUCCAGACUCCCCGUGGAUGUCCGGAGGGUGGAGGCCUGCCUUCAGCCAGAAGUAUCAGGACUUAUGGGCCCAAGGUCAGAAACAUCCAGGGAUCAGGAGCACCAGCCUCCCAGUGUCAUCCAAGAUGGAUCCCUGUUGCCUGGACUCAGCCGUGCCCAUUGUGACCGACAGCUGUGGCGUCUACGGCACUUUUUACGUGGACCUGAUGGGUAAUGGCCUCAAGACCUUUAACAGUCCUGGGCGUUGCCCUAAAAUGCCUCACGGCUUGCUCCAGCAGCAAGGAACUGAGACCAUCCAGAUAUUUUCUCAGCCUAUUGCAAAGUCCUCGUCCCUUGGUAGCCAGGAGGCGCUGCAUUGGAAACAGGCCAUACGCCCCCAGCCCAAGAUGGGUGUGCUGAGGGAGUCAUGGGAAAAGAACCACAGCAAGCAAGAGUUGCAUGCAGUGAACAGCGUCCCCAUAGUGCCAACCAGGAACCAGGCUUGUCCAUCCAGUAUCUACAAACAGAGACUCAGUCACAUACCAUCAGGCCGGCAUGGUGGACUUCCAGAGUGUAGUAAAGUUGCUGGCUGUCCUCGCCUGCUGCAUUACUCUGCAUCGUUACACCUAGUGGACAUGCUGCCUCCACCCCCACCAAUACCCAUAGAAGACACCACGGACACACACAGCUUCACCUCAGAUGAAGGCUCCAGUCGUUCUACAAAGCUAACAGUGGACAUGGGCUCCCUCCAGUCAGUGUGUGCUGCAUCAGGCCACCGUGGGCCACCAGGACCCACCAACAACAACAGCUGCUCCACCUACAGCCACCUGUCUACAGCAUCAUAUUCCAUGUCAAUGGAUGACGAACAGGGUGGCACACUGACAGCAGAGGAAGCCACCCAGUAUCUGGAGCUCAGCCCUAAACCUGAGAGAUACAGCAGUGCCCUGCCUGAGCCACGUCCCUCCCUGACCCACUCCUUCUCCCCCAGCCUGGGCUACAUCUGUGGGCCAGUCCGCUCUGCUCAGCUGGAGGAUGACCCUGCCACCGAUGAGCCCGAGGCACCCCCGAUUGGCCUGCGACGUGCCCGCCUCCAGAGCACGCCUUCUUCCUGCUACAGUGAGUGGGACAGCUCACUGUGGAACACCUGGAGCUCAGUCACAGACGGCAACAUGGCCAGCGCGCGCACCAGCCUCAUCAGCUCGGUGGACAGCUGCUACACUAACGACAGCACCAACUUCGCCCGCUUGCUUGCUGUGGCAGCGGAGACCAUGAGUGGAGCCUCCUUGUCAGACUUCUCUCCGCCAGCCUCCCCCCUCAGCGCCUUGUAUCCGUCGUUUGGCGCAGGAGGGGACUCGUUCGGGGACUUGGAGCCGGUUCCCUCGUGGGACUGGAGCAUGGCCUGGAUGGAGGAAAUGGAGGCUCAGUACAGAGCGCACUAUCCUGGCAGAAACAGCAGACCCUUUGACACUUAGGGACUCUGCCAGAAGAGUAAAAGAGAGCUUGAGAAACAGCCCGCAGCAAUGCCAGAACUGCAGGACAAGAAGAGGGGACAGACAUGGCGCUUUCAUGUCCUUGAGAGUGCUAGAAACUGUUUUGAGGCCUGAAUAAUUCAAGGUUCAACGCAUCCCAGUAAAGAAUAGAUAAAUAUCUGGAUUUUAAAUAGAACUGGAACCGACUCCUUGAUGUUUGGGACACCUCUGCUCGUACAUUCACGACCGUUUGUCCGCAAUAGUUUUCCCAGUUGACCUCAGGGCGGCCCAACUACUAUUCUGCAUCCUUCAAAUGACUUCCAUCGAGUUUCUACAUUUUCUUUUCCCUCUCAGUAUCUUUUCCUCUCAUUAAAGAAUAGGAUAAUGAGACACUUCCCUCGGGGCGUUCUCACCCAGUGUGUUUUGAAAAGGACAGAAAGACACAAAGACAGGAUGCAAGACAGUGAGAAAGCAUUCAUUACAGCACGCAGAAGAAACACGCUGCUGGAGUUUUCCUCACAGAACACAUUUGGUUCUUAUUUUAAUGUUUGUCGCAGGAUUUUAUGAAGUCCUACCAAAAUAGUGGUUUUGUACUGAUCAAGUGUAUAUAUGCAGCAUAUUCAACAAAUGUUAUUUAAAGAAUUUUGAACACAUUCCAAAUCAUUUUCUGUCUUCCCGUUUAUCUCGAUGAUUUCUUUGACAUUCUGGGAUUUAUUUUAUAUUUUUGUCUUUGUCUUUAUACACCCUGUCCACUUCUCUAGCAUUCUGUAGCUCAGAAUAGCAAAAGUAGAAAAGGUUCUUUUUAAAAAGUAAAUUGAAUUAACAUGUUUUACUUUUAAAUAACUUGAAUUUAAAAAAGUAAAAGUAAAAGUGUGGUAUGCAUUAGUCUUUGCAUGCUUGAUAGGUUUUUAUAUAUAAAUUCACUAAUUGUAGUAGAAUUAAAGUAUUACAUUUCGUAAGCAUUUUAUUUUGUUGGCGUCCAAUUACAGAUGUGUUUUAUAGUUUUGAAUAAAAUCUUGAUUGAAAUCAAGUUUUGCAUUUUACAAGGACUUUACAUUUGGAAUGUGUCCUAGCUGAGCUGAAAUAAAAGCUCCUGCCAACUUACAUUUUGUACACAACAGUUUUCUGAAUUUAUUUUGUGACACUGAUAGUAAAAAGAAAAAAAACUCCCCA